UAUUGAUCCCCUCCAUGGACGAUUCCGUGGGGACAGAGCGACACUGCGGAAACAACCCGCGUCGUCCGCUUAUUGCCGGCUGUUGUUGACGUCUUCCCCCUCAGUCACCAAUUCCGCUGUUCUGCCCACCCCCGCAGCCUAGAUGGGCCAUCACCUCACAGCUUGCGGACGAGAAUGUCCGCGAUCAUGGCCGCGGCUGGUCUUGACGGCUUCUUGCAUUUUCGUGCUCACGAAGUAUUCGGCUCUUAAGAAGGCCCGCUAGUCCCUCUCAGUUGGACCUGAUCGUAGUGUACAUUCCUCUCACGUGUCUGUAAAUUUGCAGAUAUCCGACAUCAUGCCUGUCACACAGUUCUCACACCCCGAUCCCUAUUCAUACCAGACUGGCUUCGACUCCUAUCAUGAGACGGAAGCCGUCGGAGGCGCCCUCCCGGUAGGGCAGAACUCCCCUCAGAAAGCACCCUACGGACUUUACGCUGAGAAGCUGUCUGGGACCGCUUUCACUGCUCCGAGGCAUGAGAACAAGCAAACCUGGGUCUACAGAGUCCUCCCUGCGGCUGCGCAUGAGAACUUCAAGGCCGAAGAUGCCGACUCCUAUCACACCAGCAUGACCACAGAGACGCACAAGCUGCAUCAUAUCCCCAACCAGCUAAGAUGGGAUCCAUUUGACUUGGAUGAGACGGUGGACUGGGUCCACGGUCUGCAUCUUGUAGCUGGCGCCGGAGACCCCACGUUAAAGCACGGUCUGGGUAUCAUUUUGUAUGCUGCUGGGAAGGAUAUGGGAAAGGAGGCCUUUUACUCGGCGGAUGGUGACUUUUUGAUUGUCCCUCAGCAUGGUGUGUUGGACAUCCAGACAGAGCUGGGAAGACUCAUGGUUCGCCCUAAGGAGAUUUGCGUGAUUCCUCGUGGUGUCAGAUACCGUGUCACCCUUCCAGCGGGUCCCGUAAGAGGAUACAUUUGCGAACUUUACCAAGGCCACUACCAGCUACCGGAGCUGGGGCCCAUUGGUUCUAACUGUCUUGCCAAUGCGCGCGACUUCCAAGCCCCUGUCGCGUCUUUCGAGGAUGAGGAAGAACCAACCGAGUGGCGGCUUUACAGCAAGUUCAACAACACCCUCUUUUCCGCACGCCAGGACCACACUCCCUUUGACGUCGUCGCCUGGCACGGCAACUAUUACCCUUACAAGUACGACCUUGGUCGUUUCAACACCAUCGGCUCCAUUUCCUUUGAUCACCCCGACCCCUCAAUCUUCACCGUCCUUACUGGACCAUCAGACCAUGCGGGUACCGCUAUUGCGGACUUCGUCAUCUUCCCGCCUCGCUGGCUGGUCGCAGAGAACACUUUCCGUCCUCCAUGGUAUCACCGGAACACCAUGUCCGAAUUCAUGGGGCUGAUCUGCGGCAAUUACGAUGCGAAGACGGGCGGCGGUUUCCAGCCUGCAGGCGCCAGCUUACACAACGUCAUGAGUGCUCAUGGUCCCGACGCGGACGCUUUCGAGGGCGCCAGCAAUGCUGAGCUGAAACCCCAGAAGGUUGGCGAUGGAAGCAUGGCAUUCAUGUUUGAGAGGUAUGUAGUGAUAUAAGCUACAUUGAAAGAUUCGGAUACUGACCGUCUAUUUAGCUGUCUCAUGGUUGGCGUAUCCGAAUGGGGACUCAAAACCUGCCAGAAAGUGCAGGAACAAUACAACGAGCACAGCUGGCGUCCACUGAAGAGGCACUUCAAGAACCCUAACAAGCCCUAGUAGGAGAUAAACCUUACGUGGUGUCGAUAUUGUGUUUCUUUUAAAAUUGACUAUAUACCAUCUGUCUUUCUAUGAUUAGCCAGCGCAACUCCCGCUAGAUCUAAUGAAAUGCUAUUUUAAAGCACUUGUCGGU